AUGGCGUCUGACGCCGCCUCAGAACAGCUCUCCGACCCCCAUUCUUUGGUUGGUCUGGUUGAGCCUGGAAUCCAAGCAACGCCCUCUAACCUUUCAUUCGACGAGCCAAGCAAGAAGAAUAUCGCGUGCUUUCCCGUAAAAGACCAAUGGUUCCGAGGCCCGUCCAGCGGGCCCUAUAUAUCGAUCUACUUGCUUGAUCCCCUCAUCACAGUAGAACGACACCAUGGCAAGUACCACAUCACCGCCCGAUUCAAUCUCGAAACGACUAUUCUGGAAGCUGGACAUGAGCUCUUCUUCCAGGACAUCUGUCUACAGUAUAUCAAUUCUUCCGGCGAUGAAGACCUCACCACGGAGCCGCAGUCGGAUACAACGGGGGCUUUCACUGUGACCAGAUCCUCGAAUACAACACUCUCGGGAAAUCUCGGCGUCUCGCUCUCCCAGCUUCCAUCGGCGAAUAUCUCCCUGGGCAUCUCGCGGUCGAGAGAAUGUACCAUCGAGCGCACCGUCAACACGUGGACGGUUAGCUCCCAUCGUGUCAUCCCAGAGAACUCAAAACGCCGCCGCAAACCUGUACAGCUGCCCAGACACCAAUGGUUCUGGGCGGCGAAUCAUAAAGAGAUCGCGACUCUGACCCCGGACCUAAAACACACCGUGAAACGACAUAUCCUUGUAAAACGCGCGAUACCGGUCGCGGACUUUCCGGUUAGGAGGCUGGAGAGCGCCAGAGACGUCUUGCGGGCCAAGGCCUGGGGAGAGCAAGCGGCGCGCUCGGAUGCAGCGCCGCCGAUACAAAAGCUGACUGCUGACCACUCCGUCCACUGGAAAGGACAUAAAGCGUGGGAAGCGCUGCUAGAUGACUGGAAGAGGAAAGAUGGGCGAAUGUCGCUGGAGCAACUGUUUGAGUUUCGAUUUUCUAUAUUGAUCCGACUACGAAGGCGAUACGGCCGGCUGCACCGCGCGCUGGUGCUAAGCAGCAACCGCAACAAGGCAAAGCUGGUGGAACCCAUAUAUCGGGAAAAGUUCUCCUUCCGGCCGACGUUCACACAAGAGUUCAUACCCACAUUGAGUCAUUCCUCCAUGUGGCGACCUGACCAACCGCCCAAUUUUCCCUCAGAGAGGUACUUGCACAGCAUGACGAGCAUUCCCAUGGAGGAUACGUGCGACCUCCGAGAUGUGCUUGGAAGGAUAAAGGUUAAGUACGAUGGGAGGUGGGAUGAGCUGUACACUCGGGACUGGGCCGAUCUCGUGCAGGCUGAGACACAGAUGGAAGUGGUGGAAGCGGAUGGAAUCGUCGAUGUGGCGGCAGAGGCAACGGCGGAAGCAACGGCGGAAGCAAUGGCGGACGUAACGGCGGAUGUAGUAGCGGAUGCGGGAUAACUGUGACAACGCAUGGGUUUUGAGCUUUCGCAGGUUCGCAGAGGGGACCGGCAAGGGAGAUUUUGCACAAUAACGGAGAGGAAGAGUAAGAUGCUAUAUACUAGCAUUCUAUAUAAGAUAGCC